CAUUCGCGAGCGCGAGUACGUACGUACGUGGAUGCAAAAGUUCCUCCCAUUCUCCUACUUUUCGUUUCACAAUCAUCUCAUAACUUUUGAAAAUGGAUCUGAAGAACAUUAGAAAUUCGCUAAUAGUUGGUCUGGCACAAAAAGCAUGUUCAGUAAGAGAAAUACAAAGACUACUUCAGUAUUAUAUAAAUGUAAAUUUAAGUGUGAGACAAAUUCAAAGAAUUUUGAAACAUAACAAUUUAAACAAAAGACCUCGUGAAGAAAGUUCAUUACAUAGCAUUGCACUAGUUAUAUUGGAAGAGCUGAAAGGUCCUGGUUCUUUACUUGGAUAUAGAGCAAUGUGUAACAGACUGAGGAAUCAACAUCAGUUAACAGUAAAAAGAUCUACAGUUAUGGCAUUACUUGCUUCACUAGAUCCAGAAGGAACAGCACAGCGAAAAAUUAGGAGAUUAAAAAGGAGAAUUUAUAGAAACAAAGGGCCUAACUUUCUUUGGCACUGUGAUGGUUAUGACAAAUUAAAGCCAUAUGGGUUACCAAUUCAUGGAUGCAUUGAUGGUUAUUCUCGAAAAAUUUUAUGGUUAAAUGUAUCAAAGUCGAAUAAUGAUCCUUCUCAAGUUGCAUGGUACUAUAUGAAUGCUGUACAACAAUUAAGUGGGUGUCCUAGGUUUUUACGAACCGACUUGGGCACAGAGAAUAGUACUAUUGCCUUUCUUCAACCUCUUAUGCAACAUCAAUUAAACAUUAGUGGUCAUAUAUAUGGACGGUCCACUAUGAAUCAGAGAAUAGAAUCUUUCUGGAGUCUUUUACGCAAGCAGUACAGUGAAUGGUGGAUAAAUUUUUUCAAAGAAAUAACAAUGCAAGGAUGCUUUAACACAUCAUAUAACUAUCACAUUGAUACAGCAAGAUAUGCUUUAGCUCCUCUUAUUCAAAAACAACUUGAUACUUUUAAAAGUGAAUGGAAUUUACACUAUGUGAGAAAACCUUCUAUGGCUGAGGCACCAGGUGGCAUUCCAAAUGUACUGUAUGAUUUUCCACAACUUAAAGGAGUUGACAAUUAUGCCUGUAGUAUACCUGAUCAGACUAUAAGAAGUCUAAAGGACCAAUUUACUACAGUGCCAUCUAUUGUAAAUGAAAAUUAUAAAAAUUUGGCUGAUGCUCUUGUACGGCAGUAUCAUCUUCCAGAACCAUUAAAUUUGACAAAUGCAUUAGAAUUAUUUUUUUCAUUGCUAGAAUUAUUUGAACAAAUUAUGUAAUUAUCAAAAUCAUUGUCAAAAAAUGCAACCAACAAAAUUGAGUUAACUCAG